AUUCCUUGUUACCUUGUUUAACUCUUAUUCCUAAAUUUAUGUGUUGGUCAUACUGAUACACUUUAAAAAAUAAAAAUAAUAAUGAACAAGCCUAAAAAAAACAAAUCAUAAAAUGGUCAUUUUACAAGGGAUUGGAGUUUGGAUUACAUAACAUUUCUUUUUGAAACAAUAAUAAAAAAUAAAAAAAUAAAAAAAAAAAAUUAUACAGUAAGGUUAAUUGGGUCCCAACCAAAGGCUCCUACCACAAAACAUGGCUGGUAAUGCCAAAGGGUAGGGAAGGGGAAUUUCAUGGUGAGGCUCGAACCUGUACCCUGAGGAUGCGAGGCGACCCCUGGAUCACUGCCCUAAGAAAUAUUCCUCUUUAAAUCAGUACAAAUAAAGUGAACAGAAUAUGUCAAUUUGACAGGAAUCACCCAAAUUUUGUUUUAUAAUUUUUAUUUUAUAUUUUUGGUGACAAAUAUGAUAGUGUUAAAUGAUGCAACGAUUAAUCAACACAUUAGGUAUCCCACCCAAAAAAAAGGUGACCCCAUUUGUCUUAUUUCCCCACUACCCAUGUUCCCUUAGAACAUGCAGCAAAUUAUGGCUGAUUUUCCCCACCACUAUAUAUACUCCUCCUUCUCAUCCCCUCUCUCUUAGCUUGCUAUCUCUCUUCUCACCUUACAAACAUCUACUACUCAUACUUCACCACAAAAAAACCCUCUAGUUUUCAACCAAAAUCCUCAAAACUAAACCUAUUUUUCCCCUUUUUAUUUCAAAAGAAGUAAAAUAUAAAAUAAAUAAUGGAGGUAGAGCUAGUAAAGUGUGAGUGUUGUGGACUGAAAGAGGAAUGCACAGUAGAAUACAUAGAUGCAGUAAAGGCAAACUUCAAUGGAAAAUGGUUAUGUGGGUUAUGCUCCGUAGCGGUGCGAGACGAGGUAAAUAGAGCGGGGGUUGAAAAUGCUGUGAGCGCGCACAUGUCUUUCUGCAGCAACUACAAGUCUAGCCCGGCUUCGAGGGUUGCUGAUGGUAUGCGCCAAAUGCUUAGGAGAAGGUCUGGAGAGUUAUCUCACUCUUCUGCUAAAAAAUAUGCAAGAUCAAAUACUGCUCCUCAAGUCCUUUGAAAGGUUCCGAAGCCGAGUAUAAAGCCCGGCGAGGAGGGGAAGAAUCGAUAAAGAAUGACGAACAUAAAAUCGUGAAUGAAAAAGCGUUAGGAGAAUGAUCUAAGUUUCUAUAAGCCCUCUGUUUAUCAAACAGGGGUGCUCUAUUUUUUUGUUUAGAUAGUUUUUUUUAUUUCUAUCUUAUUUUGUUUUGUACAGCGGUGAAUUCUGUUAAAUAAAUCUCUCUAUAAACUUGGACUAUUUUUAA